GGCUAGCACAUAAGACAUACAUAGAGGGCUGGCUGGCUACGGGGAGGGAAGGGCGGACGGAGGAAGGGGUCCCUCCCUCAUUCGUAGUAGCACCCGAACACCAUCCCCACGGCAAAUAGCGAAUCCUGCACGCAUCGCAUCCACACACAGCCCAUCCAUCCGUCCAUCCAUCCAUCCAUCUGUGUGUCGUGUGUCUGUUGUUGGUUGUGUGUCUGCCCGCAUACGUACGUUUUUGUAUGAGAAUGAUGACCAGUUGUCGAGGUUGAUGUCCCAGAGGCACUUGGAGGCCACACGGAUGCCCUGCCCAGAGUUCUCCCCAAUCACCACCUGCACUAUCAACUUGAAACGCGGAAUCUCCAACUUCUCUGCACACACACAUACACAGAUACACACACAGACACACAGACAGAGAGAGAUGGACAAGUCACAGGCCAAAGCCUCCCGCCCGCUGCUGUGUGUUUGUUGCGGUGUGUGGGUCUCUGACCUUUGACGGCCUGUUUGAUUUCGUUGCAGAGUUCGAGUGUCCAUAUCUUGGCCUCGUCUUGGUGGUACUGUUUGUCCGUCAGCUUGUCCUCCAUCACCUGGCGAAUCACACGCUCAACCUUGGACGGCAGAAACCUGCACAAUCAACAGCCCGAAUGCACCAUGAACGGCUUUGAAUGCCUUCACCCUUCUCCUGAUGUGCUCACUCACUUUUCGUUUUCUGCCGGCUCUGUGCGGUAGGUGGGCUCCCAGACGUGAACCUGCUGGCCGUCCAUCGUCGUCAAACCUCUACCAAGGGGCUAGGAGCUUCGCUAGGCCUCAAAUGUCACGCUGGCGCUUCUCUUCGGUGCACGAAGUAGCGUGAUCCUCUCCGGUGUACCUCAGGCACACCAGCAGGAACCUCAAACGAUUGAAAGAGGCGCGGUUUCUGCG